AUGCUCCGGCUCUUGGUCAAGAAUGUCGCCGAAGAUCCUAACUUCAGCUAUACAUGGCAUGAAAUGACCUUUUGUUCCCGCUGGACCCCUGAGGGAUGCAUUGUUCUAUGCAUGAGCGCGUCCCCCCGCUUUCAGAAUCUCCUCCGAUGGAGUCUGACCAGAAUGUGGUCGAAAGUACCGCCUUUCGAACCGUAUUCCCUGCAUGUCCCAAUUAUAGAGGCAGUGAUUGCCAUGCAAGAUUUAUCUGUAUGGUCUAUACGAGACGCUGUACGGAGUGUUGAAAAGGCAAGUUCGAUCUGCAACUGUCGGAUUGACACGAUAUCCAACUUCUUAUAUUUGCAUGAAACCGCAAGGCACGCUAUUCACUCGAUCGAAACUCUUAGCGUGACUACCAAAACGCUUCAAGCGAUUCGACAACAGAUACUCGAUCUUUCUGGCAAAGGCAGGAGCGCAACCAGGGACUCUAUAGGGGCCUCUUACCAGCUACGGGUGCACAUAGACUUACAGAUCCAAAUGGCUCGGAAUUUACUCCUGCGGGCCCACGCAAACAAGGAGCGACUGCAAAACGAGAUUGCCCUUACAGCAAAACUUGACAGCAAUGCGAUGAGAACGAUUGCGGUGGUGACUAUGGCGUUUUUACCGCCGACAUUUCUAUCCGCAAUCUUUAGCAUGAGCUUCUUCAGUUACAUACCAGCACAAGGUAACGAAGCCGGCAAAUGGUUAAUCUCAGACAGAUUCUGGAUUUAUUGGGCAUCUGCGGUUCCGUUGACAUUUCUUACGAUGGCAAUUGCCAUCUGGUUCUGGCGGCAGAAGCUAAAGAGUGCGAGGAAAGGGAGCGAGUAUAUCUAG